AUGUAUCCAGCACCGACACGGCAUCCAUCGGCAUCGGUGAGUUCUUCAAAAUACAUCCCUUCAUAUCUGGGCGGACCGCCUCCCCAGGGGCGCCAGUUUACGAUAGCGGAAACUCUGGAACGGAUUAAAGAAGAAUUCAACUUUCUUCAAGCACAGUACCAUUCACUAAAACUCGAAUGUGAUAAGCUGGCCAGCGAGAAAACGGAAAUGCAGAGACAUUAUGUUAUGUACUACGAAAUGUCCUAUGGAUUGAACGUAGAAAUGCACAAACAGACCGAAAUUGCCAAACGACUGAACGCCCUCAUCGGACAGCUGUUACCAUUUUUGGCAACGGAACACCAGCAACAGAUCGCAUCCGCGGUCGAGCGCGCGAAACAGGUCACGAUGCCGGAACUGAACGCCAUCAUCGGUCAACACCAGCAACAGGGAAUUCAGCAACUUUUACAGCAGAUUCACGCCCAGCAGAUACCUGGCGGACCGCCACAACCGAUACCGGGCCUCGGUGCGCUGGCCGGUCCACUGACGGCGUUCGGUGGCCCGAUGGGUUUGCCACACGGUGCACCACAAAGCAUGCUCAAGGCACCGCCCGAUCUGCACCGGGAAGACCUAAAGGUACCGCUCGGUGGCCCAUCCGCCGAGGAGCGCAUGCGUAACUCGGUGUCGCCAGCGGAUCGGGAAAAGUAUCGGCCACGAUCACCGCUCGAGCUGGACGGUGAGGCCAAGCGGCGGAAAGAGGAAAAACUUAACCACGAAAGUGAUGGUGAGAAAAGUGAUCAGGAUUUAGUGGUGGACGUCGCGAACGAAACGGGUUCACCUUCACCCCGACCAAACGGUGAUCAUCAAUCGGAUCGUGGCGAUCGGGACAGUAUCGGACUGAACGGUAGCGAUAAGGCCGGUUCGAGCAGCAUGAAGGGUGCCAACGAUCGACCACCGUCCCGUUCUGGUUCGAGUUCAUCCCGAUCAACGCCCAGCCUCAAAACGAAAGAUCUCGAUAAACCUGGAACACCCGGAGCGAAGGCCCGUGUUCCCACGCCCAACUCGUCCACACCCGGUGUCCCGAAAGCCGUAGUACCUUCACCAGCCGCCGGCUACCCACCCUCGCCAUAUCAGCGUCCGUCGGAUCCGUAUGCGCGGCCCCCGCCCGACCCGUACGGUCGGCCUCCGAUGCCUUUCGAUCCGCACGGUCACGUACGUACCAACGGUAUUGCGCUACCCGUGUCAAGCGGAAAACCUGCCUACUCUUACCACAUGAACGGUGAAGGUGCCCCACAGCCCGUGCCGUUUCCUGCGGAUGCCCUAACGGGACCCGGUAUUCCACGACAUGCCCGCCAAAUCAACACCCUGUCGCACGGUGAGGUCGUGUGUGCGGUCACCAUCUCCAACCCGACCAAGUACGUCUACACCGGCGGUAAGGGAUGCGUGAAGGUGUGGGAUAUAUCGCAGCCCGGCAACAAGAGUCCGGUCAGCCAGUUGGACUGUCUGCAGCGAGACAACUAUAUUCGCUCCGUGAAGCUGCUCCCGGACGGCCGUACACUGAUCGUCGGCGGUGAAGCGUCGAACCUUUCGAUCUGGGAUCUGGCGAGUCCGACGCCAAGGAUAAAAGCGGAACUAACGUCGGCCGCCCCGGCCUGUUACGCGCUCGCCAUCAGUCCCGACUCGAAGGUGUGCUUUUCGUGCUGCAGCGAUGGUAACAUUGCCGUGUGGGAUCUGCACAAUCAGACGCUGGUGCGACAGUUCCAGGGCCACACGGAUGGUGCGUCCUGUAUCGACAUCAGCCCGGACGGAUCACGGCUCUGGACCGGCGGGUUGGACAACACGGUACGAUCGUGGGAUUUGCGCGAGGGUCGUCAACUGCAGCAGCAUGACUUUAGCUCACAAAUCUUCUCCCUCGGCUACUGUCCAACGGGCGAGUGGUUAGCGGUUGGUAUGGAAAAUUCACACGUCGAGGUACUGCACGCGACGAAACAGGACAAAUAUCAGCUGCAUUUGCACGAAAGCUGCGUCCUUUCGUUGCGGUUUGCCGCCUGCGGCAAAUGGUUCGUCUCGACCGGCAAGGAUAAUCUGCUGAACGCGUGGCGUACACCUUACGGGGCAAGCAUUUUCCAGUCAAAGGAAACCUCAUCAGUACUAAGUUGUGAUAUUUCAACCGAUGAUAAGUACAUUGUGACCGGGUCCGGUGAUAAGAAAGCAACAGUGUACGAGGUGAUCUACUAA